CGAAGGGGGGAGUGAUGAGUCAAUGCAACUCAGGGUUUAAUGGGGAGAGAGAGAGAUAGCGCGCGCGCACGAGAGAGAGAGAGAGAGAGAGAGAGCGAGAAAAGGGGGAGCUCGCAGAAAAAAAAGGGGAAGCUGUCAUGCGUCUGUAGCGCGCCUUCAUUCGACGCCGGAAAGUGAAUCGCAAGUGUAUCCGAGCACACACGCGCGCGCGCGCACACACACACACGCACGCACGCACGCGCCACGGUGUCUGAUGAAAAUAAAAGAAGAAGCCUCUCCGGUUUUGUCCGCUUCGUCGCUUUCCAUCCGGACCGGGGAGGAAGAGAACAGAGGAGAGGAAGAGAGGAGAGGAGAGGAAGAGAGGCGAAGCGCCGCCCGCUGUUCCGCGUCGUUUCUCCGCGCUGCUCUCCCGGUUUUACGAGCAUGUUCGCGAAUCCGUGAGUCGCCAUGCCCUUCGCGUCUACUUCGUUUCCGAAUUCGUUCCCGGCGCCGCGCUCGUUCUUUCGGUCGCUUGUCCGCGAUCAACACGCGCUGCACCGACACGAGCAGCCCGUAAAACUCGCCUGAACUCGGGGCAGAGCAGAGAGCUCGAGCCCGCUCGCUGUUUCGCUCCCCGCGCGCACGUUAUAAUUCACGACAUAUUUUCAUAACCUCGUCUUCCAUCACCUUAACUUCAACCCACCCGAGUUUGAUUCUCUUUCUUUCUGUUUUCUUUUUCUUCUUGUUGUUGUUUAAAAAAAAAGAAGCGCGUGUGCUUUUUUAUGUUACAUAUAUAUAUAUACAUAUAUUUUUAAAUUGAUCCCCACCCCGACAUGUCCACGUCCAUAACGCGCUCGUGCAAAGCCGAUUGAUCAUUAAUUCUCGUGUCGGCGCGAGCGAAGGAAGGGAAGGCUGUAAAGUUUUGCUCGGACUCUCCAAACUCCAGUCCCUUUAUGAGCUUACCAGUUUGGACGUGGUGACUUCCAGGUGACCGUGAGCAGUGGAGCUGAGUCAUGAUGGACCAUCUCAGCGAGGCGUGCCUGGGGAAGGAGAACUGCGAGCUGGUGGGUGGCUUGAACGACUCCAAGGGCCCCCCAGCCAAGAUCGCGCGGCUGGAACAGAACGGCAGCCCUCAGGGACGUUCACGCCUGGGCAGCACCGGCGCCAAACUCUCCGGAGUGGCCUUCAAACCCUCCCCGCACCUGCUGAAGACCUCACACAAGAGGGGUAACAUGCUGCCCGUGUUCUGCGUGGUCGAGCACUAUGAGAGCCCGAUAGACUUCGACAGCAGGGAAGAGCACGCCGAAUUCGUGCUGGUCAGAAAGGACAUGCUCUUCAACCAGCUGAUCGAGAUGGCGCUCCUCUCGCUGGGCUACUCUCACAGCUCUGCCGCUCAGGCUAAAGGUAUGAUUCAGGUGGGCAAGUGGAACCCCGUUCCCCUGUCGUACGUGACCGACGCCCCCGACGCCACCGUAGCCGACAUGCUACAGGACGUCUACCACGUCAUCACGCUGAAAAUCCAGCUGCACAGUUGUCCUAAACUGGAAGACUUGCCUCCCGAGCAGUGGACCCACUCGACGGUGCGAAACGCCCUCAAGGAGUUACUCAAAGACAUGAACCAGAGCUCUCUGGCUAAAGAAUGUCCCUUAUCACAGGAGAGAGAAAAAAGAGAGGCUGGUGAGAGAACGACUGUUUGUAGCUGCUAUAACAGCAUGAUAUCCUCCAUCGUGAACAGCACUUACUAUGCAAAUGUCUCUGCGGCGAAGUGUCAGGAAUUUGGACGUUGGUAUAAACAUUUCAAGAAGACAAAAGACAUGAUGGUCGUGCGCCAACCCUCCCAGCUGGAGGGCUACCUGGGGACGUGCGUCCUCCACGACAGCCCACGUGCCACCGCAGUAGCCGAAAUGGAUGGCUUGUCAGAGCUCUCGCCGCCCGGCACCAACCACCUGAGCUUCAGUCAGCAGCCCAUCCCGGGAAGCACGGCCGAGCAGCCGCCGUCCCCGGUGCCCCUGACUCACAGCGGUCAAGCCCCAGGCCGCGCCCAGCUUCCAGGUCUUCACCCCGGCCUUGUGUCCAGCCCCAUCAGUCCUCAGCUGGUCAACCAACAGAUUGUCAUGGCGCAGAUCCUAAACCAGCAGUACGCCGUGAACCGGCUCCUGGCGCAGCAGUCCCUGAACCAGCAGUACCUGAACCACCCGCCGGUCAGCCGGGCUCUCAGCAAGCCCCUGGAUACGCAGGUGUCUUCCAACACAGAAGUCUCCUCCGAGAUCUACCAGUGGGUGAGGGACGAGUUGAAGAGAGCCGGGAUCUCGCAGGCCGUGUUCGCUCGCGUCGCGUUCAAUAGGACUCAGGGAUUGCUUUCGGAGAUCCUGAGAAAAGAGGAAGACCCUAAAACGGCGUCUCAGUCCCUGCUGGUGAACCUGAGGGCCAUGCAGAACUUCCUGCAGCUACCCGAGGCCGAGCGAGACCGUAUUUACCAGGAGGAGAGGGAGAGGAGUUUAACGGCGGCAUCCUCUAUGGGCCCUGCGCCGCUUAUUAGCACUCCUCCAUCACGCCCUGUCCAGAGUGUAGGAGUGAACCAGAUGCUGCUUUCCAGUUCAGAUCCCAGAAUCAGCUGCUACUCCGACUCGCCCAGAAGAGAAGAAUGUAACAACAUUAGACCAGAGGACUGGAACCCCAGGAUUCCAGUUGGGAUAUCUCCUGCGUCUCGGCUCCCUGCUCAGGUGAAGCCCCUGCCGUUGGCGUCCGAGUGGAACGGCAAGCAGGAGAGCUCCGUCCUGAACAUCAGCUCGUCCAUCUACGACGAGAUCCAGCAGGAGAUGAAGAGGGCCAAAGUGUCACAGGCUAUGUUCGCCAAGGUCGCCGCUUCCAAGAGCCAGGGUUGGCUGUGUGAGCUGCUGCGCUGGAAGGAGGACCCAUCCCCGGAGAACCGAACGCUGUGGGAGAACCUGUCCAUGAUCCGGCGCUUUCUGAGUCUCUCGCAGUCGGAGAGAGACGCCAUCUACGAGCAGGAGAGCAACGGAGGGCAGCAACACCACACCGAGAGACCCACACACCUGCUGCACAUGCCCACCGAGCCGCUGCAGCCCCAGGCCCACCCUCCACCUUCAGCCCAACUCCAGCCUGCCCUGGCGCUGCCCUACCCGUCACAGCCGCUCAUUUCCCAGCAGCCUCAGCCUCAGCAGCAAACAGGACCCCGCCUCCCGCCUCGCCAGCCGUCCACCGCCGCGCCCGCCGAGGCCGAGGACGAGUCGCGUCAGGCUAAAGGUCGCACCGGCGCCCGUAUCUCCUUGGAGGCGCUGGGAAUCCUGCAGAGCUUCGUACAGGACGUAGGGCCGUACCCGGACGACGAGGCCGUGCACACGCUCUCGGCCCAGCUCGACCUGCCCCGGCAUACAAUCAUCAAGUUCUUCCAGAACCAGCGCUUCUGCGUGCGGCCCAAGGAGGUGGCGUCGGGAAUCGCCCUACCUGCAGCCAACGAGCAGGACGAGGUGGGCAUGACGGACUUCAAAGAAGGCGAGCUGCUCAAAGAGCUGGACGAGAGCACGCAGACUACUAGCAUCUUCACCAUCAAGAUCGAGGAGCACGCGGGAGCCGAGGGACAGUGUCAGGCCGAGCAGGAAGUGAAAGAAUAAACCUCGACUCGGAUCAGACUCUCAUCUCCUCCAAGAGUAGAACUGUAAGACUCUCAACCCGGGACUGCGUAAUACAGAAGUAUUACCUUUUUGUAAAAGCCCUGUAUUAUUAUUCCACUGUAAAGAUUUGCGCAUCAUUAAAUAACCUGCACAAUGAAACAAACAAACAAACAAAAAAAUGUUCAAAAAAAAUCUUAACUAUGUUGCCGUGGAUGUUUGCUGACUGCACUUGAUGUAUGUUGUUUUUACACUGAACUUCCAAACUACUGAUUUUAAAAGAAAGAAAAAAAAAAAUAUCGACUCGGUCGAAGUUUGAUAGACUUUGAUAGAUGUUUACGUACGUGGUGUUAACUGGAUUUUUAUUUUAAUUUUAUUUUAAUGCAACUGAUAAUAAAAUAAAAACGGGGGCCUUAACGGUGACAAACUGCUGAACAAUACAGCGUUUUCUUUACGAAGCGAAGGAUCACACAGGAUCUGGCGCCCCUAAGACCUGCAGGUAGACUGGAGGAGAAUAGUUCGCUCUUUCAAUCUUUACUUAUUAUUUGUUUGGAAGAAAUAUAAAUAUAUAUAAAUAUAUAUACAUAUACAUAUAUAGACAUAUAUUAAUUGUAAAAAAAAAAAAUAUACAGUCUUAAAGAAACUAUGCCAACAAAUGCCUUGUACUAUAUGGCACUGCCGAUGUUAGAUUAUUUUGCGAAAUCUUUUGUCGCUGUAAUUUUUCAGGAUUUUCACACGGUUCGAAAAUGUGAAUCGCGGUCUAUUCCUCAUCGACCCACGUUAUUUAUUUGCACCUCAUGCAGUUUUCUGAUGUAAUUACGUCAUUUCUGUCACAGCACAUUGUUUUAUUUGACUAUUUAUAAAUGUAAGUUUGAUGGGCAGUAAAAAUCUAAGUGUCUUAAACGUUUUAAAUGGGGAAAAAAAAAAAUGUGCUUUAACGGUUGCCUAAAAAAAAAAAAAAAAAAAAAAAAAGAAAGAAA